AUGUAUCUUUCUAUCUAUCUAUCUAUCUCUAUCUCAGUCUGUUUUAUCUCCUAUUCAUAUCAUCUAUCUAUCUAUCUAUCUAUCUAUCUAUCUAUUUAUUAUCUAUCUCACAUCUAUUUAUCUAUAUCUAUUGAUCUAAAAAAUUUAUCUCAUCUAUCUAUCUAUAUUAUAUCUAUCUAUCUAUCUAUCUAUCUUCUAUCUAUCUAUCUAUUCAUAUCUCAUAUCUAUCUAUCUAUAUUAUAUUUUAUUUCUAUCUAUAUCUAUCUAUCUAUCUAUCUAUUUUUAUCUAUCUAUUCAUAUCUAUCUAAGCUAUUUAUAUGUAUCUAUCUAUCUGUUUUUAUCUAUCUAUUCAUAUCUAUCUCAGUCUGUUUAUUUAUUCAUAUCUAUCUAUCUAUCUAUCUAUCUAUCUAUCUAUUUCUUUCUAUCUAUCUCAGUCUAUUUUUAUCUACCUAUUCAUAUCUAUCUAAGCUCUUUUAUCUAUCUAUCUAUCUAUCUAUCUAUCUAUUCAUAUAUCUAUCUAUCUCAUAUCUAUUUUUAUCUAUCUAUUCAUCUCUAUCUAAGUCUAUUUUUAUUAUAUUCAUAUCUAUCUAUGCCUGUUUCUAUCUAUCUAUCUAUCUAUCUAUCUAUCUAUCUAUCUAUCUCAGUCUAUUUUUAUCUACCUAUUCAUAUCUAUCUAAGCCUGUUUAUAUCUAUCUAUCUAUCUAUCUAUCUAUCUAUCUAUCUAUCUAUCUAUCUAUCUCAGUCUGUUUUUAUCUACCUAUUCAUAUCUAUCUAAGCCUGUAUCUAUCUAUCUAUCUCACCUGUUUCUAUCUAUCUAUCUAUCUAUCUAUCUAUCUAUCUAUCUAUCUAUCUCAGUCUAUUUUUAUCUACCUAUUCAUAUCUAUCUAUCUGUUUACAUCUAUCUAUUUCAUCUAUCUAUCUAUCUAUCUAUCUAUCUAUCUCAGUCUUUUUUAUCUAUUCAUAUUAUCUAAGCCUAUUCAUCUAUCUAUCUAUCUAUCUAUCUAUCUAUCUAUCUAUCUAUCUAUCUAUCUAUCUAUCUAUAUAUUCAUCUAUCUAUCUAUUAUCUUCUAUCUAUCAUUCUUCAUUUUUAUCAAUCUAUUCAUUUUUAUCUAUCUAUUAUUCUCUUUAUAUAUCUAUUAUAUAUCUAUCUAUCUAUCUAUCUAUCUAUCUAUCUAUCUAUCUAUCUCAUCUAUUUUUAUCUAUCUAUUCAUAUAUCUAAUCUAUCUAUCUAUCUAUCUAUCUAUCUAUCUAUCUAUCUAUCUAUUCAUCUAUCUCAGUCUGUUUAUCUAUCUAUCUAUCUAUCUAUCUAUCUAUCAUAUCUAUCUAUCUAUCUAUCUUCAUCUAUCUAUCUCAUCUAUCUAUCUAUCUAUCUAUCUAUCUAUAUUUCUAUCUAUCUAUAUCUAUCUAUCUAUCUAUCUAUCUCAUCUAUCUUUAUCUAUCUAUUCAUAUCUAUCUAUCAUUUGUUUAUAUCUCCAUCUAUCUAUCCAUCUAUCUAUCUAUCUAUCUAUCUAUCUAGUUUUUCUACCUCAUUCAUUCAUAUUAUAUCUAUCUAUCUAUCUAUCUAUCUAUCUAUCUAUAUUCGUGUCAUUAUAUUCUAUCUAUCACUAUCUAUCUAGAUUCGUGUCAUUAUCAUCUAUCUAUCUAUCUAGAUAUCUAUCUAUCUAUCUAUCUAUCUAUCUAUCUAGAUAUCUAUCUAUCUUAUUAUUAUCUAUCUAUCUAUCUAUCUAUCUAUCUAUUUAUCUAUAUUAUCUAUCUAUCUCUAUCUAUCUAUCUAGAUCGUGUUUCUAUUAUCUAUCUAUCUAUCUAUCUAACUUUGUUCAUUCCUUCUUAGGUGCUCUAUAA